GCCGCUGAGCCAACCGAAGCAUUUCGCCUCGCGGCCACAUUUUUGCCGGCAUCCACCGAGGCUACCGUUGCUGUCCGUCCGCUGAUCCAGCAACAACUACCGGCGCCGCCAUGGCCGGCUGUCCCUGCGCCUCCACCUCCUCCGCCUCCUCCUCUCCCCUGUUCCUCCUGCCCUCCGUCUCCACCCCUUCCAGGAGCAGCGUUGCCUUCGCUUCGUGCGGUGUGAGGCUGCGGAAAGCAGGAGCGAGACGGGGAGUCGCGGCGAGCAGUAGCAACAAGGAAGAUACGGAGGAGCAGGGAGACGAAGGAGGGGACCCGGCGUUCAACCCGUUCGGGUUCGUGACGGACAACCCGUCGAGCCGCGCCGCUAUCCAGCUGCAGCCGUCGCCCGCCGAGGACGGCAAUGUCGGCCAGAUGCUCUACAGGACAGAGUACAAAGGAAGAGAGUACGGUAAGACUGUGAGAUCGGGAGACCUACGAUGGUUCGUGAGGGAAACAGGUUCCCCUGAUGCACGGCGUGGGACUAUUAUCUUUAUUCAUGGUGCUCCAACUCAGUCAUUUAGCUAUCGCAUGGUGAUGUCUCAGAUGUCAGAUGCUGGUUACCACUGCUUUGCUCCUGACUGGAUAGGAUUUGGGUUCAGUGAGAUGCCGCAGCCUGGAUAUGGAUUCGAUUACAAAGAAGAGGAGUUCCACAAGGCAUUUGAUGAUCUUCUUGGUACUCUAAAUGUCACCGAACCAUUCUUCUUAGUUGUCCAGGGAUUUCUAGUAGGUUCAUAUGGUCUAACAUGGGCAUUGAAGAACUCAAGCAAAGUUCGCAAGCUAGCAAUUCUUAACAGUCCACUUACUGUUUCUUCUCCAGUGCCUGGAUUGUUCAAUCAGCUAAGGUUGCCGCUUUUUGGUGAAUUUACUUGCCAAAAUGCUAUUUUGGCUGAGAGAUUCAUUGAAGCAGGUAGCCCCUAUGUGCUGAAGUCCGAGAAGGCUGAUGUAUACAGAUUACCAUAUCUAUCAAGUGGUGCGCCUGGAUUUGCAUUGCUUGAAGCUGCCAGGAAAGCCAAAUUUCAAGAUGUACUAAGUAGAAUUUCGGCUGGAUUUUCAUCCAACAGCUGGGAAAAACCAAUAUUGCUUGCAUGGGGGGAGUCUGACAAGUACUUGCCGCUCUCGAUAGCCGAGGAGUUCAAGAAAAGCAAUCCUGCUGUGGUGAAAUUGAAGACCAUAGAAGGAGCUGGUCAUAUGCCACAAGAGGACUGGCCAGAGAAGGUCGUGACGGCGCUCACAUCCUUCCUGUUCUAGCCCACAGGGGCCGUCAUACAAGGUACAUACAUACACGUAACGAUUUGGCCAAUCAAUUGUUACGGCCAUGUGUAAAAGGUAAAACAAAAUGUACAGAUCAAAUGUACAGGGUGUAGUGGAAGUAUUCAGGACAACUUGUGUGUGAUACAAUAAGGAUGUGUAUAUAACAGGAUCUCUCCAUUUACCUAAUUUGAAGAUGAUUUACUUGACA